AUUUCCCCCUGGGCAAUCACAUCGGUAUCCGUAUUUCAAAUAGGUGUCAUCCAUGUACGUUCGAAUGUCAUCCAUGUAUGUUCGAAGGGAUUCCUACACCACAACAAGUGGAGAAAAUAUCGUACGCAUAUCAUACAAAAUUUGAUAUAUUUGAUGCCAUGGGCUCUCUUGAAAGUUGGUCGGAGCCAUGCGUCAUUUGCAAUAGAGCUGCGCAGUUGGUGUGCCCCUGCUUAAAAAGGCACUUUUGUUCGACAGAUUGCCAGAAAAUUGACUGGAUAGAAUUCAAUCAUCACGCGCUUUGCCACUACGAUCCUGCCACCGGGCAUGGUGUGACAAAGCAUUCUUCACUACCGGGGUCCAUAUCUGAUAGUGAACGACCCCAUUUCAGCAGAAGAAAUGACAGUGCAACACAUAGAACAAGGCAUGAUGUAGAAGGCAUAUUGGCUCAAAAACGCUACAGCCACGUGGCUCAUCCAUAUACCAGCGCAAAGAGAGUUCUGCCCGAGUGCAGAGAGGAGAGAGUUCUGCCCGAGUGCAGAGAGGUGCAACCAGGGGUACUCGAUCUUGGAAUCAGCACCAAAAGUGGGAAUCCGGGGUUCCACUCUGAAAACUUUGUGCGCACAAGUGCCGAUAUGUCAAGUCGAUAUAGUGCCCAUGGUGAACACCGGAGUCAGAGUUUGGCUUCGUCACACAGUCAGGGUAGUCAGCCGGGGAGAGCAGACGGAAGGAAUUAUCAUCCUUCAAUCACACCACAGCUGAGCUUUAACUCGCAUGCGAGUUCAGCCCCUGCACACAGACAUAUAACCAGUGCCCGAUACGAACAUCAAAGUGGCAGGGACGCAAUGUACUUGCCAGAAUUCCACAACAAGCCCUCCGACAGUGAUAGGACGACUCGAACAGGAUCUAACGACAGCACCAUGGUUCGUAGCCCUACGAAUGACGCACACAACAGAAGAAGCGUUGGAAACACACCGUCGAACUCAAAUGAGAAACCUUUUGUGUGUCCAUGGGUUUCCUGUAAAAAGGAAUUUAGUCAAGCGAACAACCUCAAGAGGCACAUCAGAGUUCACACUGGAGAAAAGCCAUAUGUAUGCACUUGGAAUGGCUGUGGCAAGAAAUUCGGUGAGAGCUCUAAUCUGAAAAGACAUCUACGGCUACACAGUGGGGAAAAGCCUUACCUUUGCGACUGGGAGGGUUGUGACAUGAGUUUCGCAGAUGCCAGCUACCUAAAAUCACACCAGCGAGUGCACGUGACUAACGGAGUGUUCCCAUGUACUUGGGAGGGGUGCGUGAAAACAUUCAGCGCACCUGCAUAUCUCAAACGGCACAUUCGAGUGCACACAAACGAACAGCCAUAUGCCUGUACCUAUUGCGAAAAACGGUUCAACCAGGCAAGUAAUUUGAGUCGUCAUGUACGACGACAUACUUCGCAACGUAAUGGUAGCUGAGGAAUCAGGCACUCAAACGGGUAAUUUAGUGACUAAAAUUGUAUUUGGGUUAUCUCCUGAACUAAGGAAGCAAUAUCAUGAAUAGACGCGCCGUUGUGUACUUCGCAAGGGAAUUCUCUCAAAAAACGAUAUAAAGAUGAUUCCGAUCACUUGAAUCAAUGAAUGUAUCGAUCGAAUGCUUAUAAAAUGAAGAUACCAUAUCAACAAGCAUACACCCUGCAAUUAACAACAUGAACGUGACUGCACCCUACUCGCAAA